AUGCCGUCUGCGACAGCGUCUGGCGCCGAUACAAGGCCCAGCGGCGCACACUCUCGUCAGCAUAACCAGGGAAACCAAGAUAGAAAAUACACCCCAGAGCAGAAAGCGGCGGUAUUACGAGUACGGAAAUGCUCUGCUACGGCAUUUUAUGAGAUUCUGGCAGUUGAAAAAACCGCGACAGAUGGAGAGAUUAAGAAGGCUUAUCGGAAGCUCAGCUUGUUGACCCACCCAGACAAGAACGGCUAUGAAGGCGCAGAUGAAGCAUUUAAGAUGGUAUCGAGGGCAUUUCAGAUAUUAUCCGAUGUAGAUAAGAAAGCCAAAUACGACAGGUUUGGUGGCGACCCAGAUAACAGAUUUAACGCCGGCGCGUCAACGUCUUCGCCUUUCGGCGGCUUUGGAGGUUUUCAACAACAUCCUGGGCGGCAAUAUGCAUAUGAGGAGGAAAUUUCUCCAGAGGAACUCUUUAAUAGAUUCUUUGGCGGGGCGGCAGGCGGAGGAUUCGGGCCAUUCGGUGGCAUAUUUGAGGGGGGGCCACAGUUUGUCUUCAACAUGGGUGGUGGCCCCGGUUUCCGUGUCCAUCAAUUUGGAGGAAAUCGACCACGAAGACGCCCAAGAGAUACAAACGAGCCGGAUCCUUCCCAAACCCCUCCGGGUGUCGCAUCUCUCUCGCACUUCCUCCCACUACUCUUACUAUUUGUCCUACCUUUCCUAUCAAAUCUAUUCAGCAGCACUACACCUUCUACACCCUCUUUCCGACUUCACACUCCUGAUCCCCCACAUACUCUUCAACGGAUGACCCCUAAACUUAAGCUCAAGUACUUUCUUAACCCGACUGAUAUCGAAGACUAUAGCCCGCGCAAGCUUCACCAACUAGAUCAGAGAAUUGAGGUUGAUUAUGUCGCGAACCUACGGCAUGAGUGCCAGAGCGAGAUAAACUACCGCGAUCGGCUGGUUCAAGACGCCCAAGGCUGGUUUUUCCCAGACGUGGAGAAGAUGCGGGAAGCACAAGAUCUAGAGUUGAAGAGCUGUGCAAAACUCAAGGCACUCAGCAAAUGA